AGUGAGAUUGCUCCACGGCAGACACCUCCUGAGAAGAUGCACUGAAGAGAAAGUAACCUCUUCGUUUUCUGUUCAUAAACAGAAUCUAAUCAUGAGAAAACACCAGGAAUACCCAAAGUGAGGGACCUUCUACAAAAUAAUUGGCCUGUAUUGUUCAAAAGAUCAAUGUCGUGAAAUACAAAGACCCAGAGAUUGUUCCAGAUUAAAGAAGACUUAAGAGACCUGCCCAUUGAAUGAAACAUGUGAUCUUGGAUUUCUUUUGCCAUAAAGGAUGUUAUUGGGACAGCUGAAGGGAAUCUCAGGAAGGUCUGUGGAUUAAAAAUAGUAUGCUUCAGUGUCGAGAGAAAGUAAAUGUAGGAAGUGUGACCAUUUGGGGAAUCUUUUAGUGCUGUGCAGGAGUUUUCUGUGCUAUUCUUGUAACUUUUCUGUAAAUCUGAACUAUGUCCCCCCCCAAACAAAAUAUUCAUUGUUCAUUUCUGAUAGAGGCAUGCCAGUGUUCACUGUAGUGUUCUUUGAACUAUUCUGUAUAUUUUAAAUAUUUUUGUAAUUAAAAGUUGGGGGGAAAGUAAUAAAGUCAUGUUCUAAAUAUUAUGUAAUAUAUAGAGACUUGGACAUCAUUUAGAAUAUGUAAGUCUCUGUGUAUUUCAUAAUAGGGAUAGUCGAUGCAAAUUAAAAGAUGAGUAGAAAUGACUUAAUGAGUAAAGUCACUCAGUAGCAUUUUUGAAUCCGUGAAAUUCGCUUUUGUUUCCCUUUGUAUACACUGUUGCCAGCACAGUAUCCCAUGCAUCUUAUCAUCAGCCUGAUACUUGCUGAAUGAAUCAUGCACGAGAUGGAGGUUCUUCCUCUCUCCCUCCUUCCCGGGGGUUCAGAAUAACCAUUUGUGUUAUUCACAGCACUUUAUAGACAUGCCCACUGUCAUCUGAAUUGAAUUAGCCUAAUCUGAUAAAACCUAUUGAGAUUAAAGAAACUUUUUUUGAGUGUGUUUAUGUUUAAAGCUUAUGCAGUAUUUCAAAUGGAAUUUUGAACUCCCUGCCUGAAUUUUUUUUUGGGGGGGUGGGUGGGAAGAACACAUCUUUAACAUGGUAAAAUGCAGCUCUCAUUUUCAGGUUCUAAAAAAUUAACUAGAGGAUGCAUAUGUCCUCUGGUUUUCUGUUUAGAGUCACUUGUAUAUGAUCUCAUAUUAGUCUUUAUGGAAGUAGUGAUUCAAUUUAGCAGACAUUUUUAGCCAGCUAAGCAGAAUUCUCAGCCCUGAGGAUUCAAAGAUGAAUGAGAUAUAGUUCACGAACUUGUGCAGGAAGUUAUUGUAUGAAGACCUUGCCUCUGCUAAAAUCUUCUCUCAUGGCUAGCUUGUCAGAGAGGUUAGAAUAGGUGUCCUGGUGUCGCUGUUAGGAGCAGGAGACUGGCACAAUGUGGGUGAGGUGGUGCCGAAGCACAGAGAUGGCAGAAUGAGCUGUGAUUCUCUGACGUGCCAGCGCCCGGGGCUGCCUUUCACUGGGUUUGACGGAAGACCCUGCCAUUCUCACUGUUACAGGCAAAAUCAGACAGUACAGAGGAAUUGAUAUCAAGGUAUGCAAUUGAACUGUGGCUUCUUCUGCAGGCAACAUUGCAAGCUAUUAGGCUUUAGAUUUUUUUUUUUAUCUUGGUCUAGUAAUGAGAGAGAUCUUUAUAAAUUUGGCUGUGGAAACACAGAUUUAGGGUAAGAGCAGGAUUUUAUGAAAUGCAGAUCGAUAAAGAGAAAAUGCAGGUUAUUAUCAAAGGGGACUGGGAUGAAUUAAGCUCACGAGGCAGUGGUCACUGCAGUUUUUUCCCUUUCGCUGGAAUGACCCCUUCCUUCCCCUGCUUCCUUCCCACUGUCAGUCUGGCUGUUGUCACAGUCAGGUUUGUCUCCUUAGCUGAUGCACGCCCACAGGAAGUCUUUCAUCUGAGCGCACUGGGCAGUGCUUCAGAAGGACACCUCCUCCGCCAGCGCCCCACCUUCAGACAGGUGUACCUGCCCAAGGCUUAGCUGGUGUUGCCCCGUGGGGUUGCUGUGAGACUUUCGGAAGCUACCAUUCCUCACUGCUCCUGGGGGAGAAGAGGCGGAGAGCUAGCCGAGGUCCUGCACCUGCCUGCAGGGCUUCCCACGAAUCCCCUGCGCCUGGCCGGGCAUUCCCACUCCGCCCAGUGCUUCUCCCCGCCCGCCCCUCCUCCGGGCUCCUGGGAGCCACUCCCUUCCGGGUCCUUCCCUGCUGAUGCUGGGCCAGGAGCUUUGUGUACACCCCUGCACUUCAGCUCAGACAGGGCAUGUCUGCGGCCCCGGCCCGGCACAGCGUGUCCCCUGGGGGCCUGGGCCGGCAUGGCACCUCUGGGUAGGGGGUUGGGGGCACCCCCAAGGAUGAUCCCUUAGGGUGAUGUUGUGGCUGUGGGGUGACUUCAGCAAUGUCCCUGAGAGACAAGGGCAGGGAAGAAGAAUGUUUUGAAUACGACUGCCAGGAAGAACAGAGGAAGCCCACCCACAGACAGCAUGACUCCCAGGACCUCUUGGAAGAGGUUUUAUGUGCUGAAAGAGUUGGCCAGAUGACUAAGACAUAUAAUGACAUAGAUGCUGUCACUCGGCUUCUUGAGGAGAAAGAGCGGGAUUUGGAAUUGGCCGCCCGCAUCGGCCAGUCGUUGUUGAAGAAGAACAAGACCCUCACGGAGAGGAACGAGCUGCUGGAGGAGCAGGUGGAACACGUCAGGGAGGAGGUGUCUCAGCUCCGGCAUGAGCUGUCCAUGAAGGAUGAGCUGCUUCAGUUCUACACCAGCGCAGCAGAGGAGAGUGAGCCCGAGUCUGUUUGCUCAACCCCGUUAAAGAGGAAUGAGUCGUCCUCCUCAGUCCAGAAUUACUUUCAUUUGGAUUCUCUUCAAAAGAAGCUGAAAGACCUUGAAGAGGAGAAUGUUGUACUUCGAUCCGAGGCCUGCCAGCUGAAGACGGAGACCAUCACCUACGAGGAGAAGGAGCAGCAGCUGGUCAACGACUGCGUGAAGGAGCUGAGGGAUGCCAAUGUCCAGAUUGCUAGUAUCUCAGAGGAAUUGGCCAAGAAGACAGAAGAUGCUGCCCGCCAGCAAGAGGAGAUCACACACUUGCUGUCGCAAAUAGUGGAUCUGCAGAAAAAGGCCAAAGCUUGCGCGGUGGAAAAUGAAGAGCUCGUGCAGCAUCUGGGGGCCGCGAAGGAUGCCCAGCGGCAGCUCACGGCCGAGCUGCGUGAGCUGGAGGACAAGUAUGCUGAGUGCAUGGAGAUGCUGCACGAGGCGCAGGAGGAGCUGAAGAACCUCCGGAACAAGACCGUGCCCAGCACCACGUCCCGGCGUUACCACUCGCUGGGUCUGUUUCCCAUGGACUCCUUGGCAGCGGAGAUUGAGGGGACGAUGCGUAAGGAGCUGCAGCUGGAAGAGGCCGAGUCUCCAGACAUCACUCACCAGAAGCGUGUCUUUGAGACCGUGAGGAGCAUCAACCAGGUCGUCAGGCAGAGAUCUCUGACUCCUUCCCCCAUGAACAUCCCCGGCUCCAACCAGUCCUCGGGCACACACUCCCUCCUGUCCAGCUGCGUCAGCACCCCGCGGUCCAGCUUCUACGGCAGCGACGUCAGCAACGUGGUCCUCGACAACAAGACCAACAGCAUCAUUCUGGAAACAGAGGCCGACCUGGGAAAUGAGGAGCGAAGUAAGAAGCCGGGGACGCCAGGCACCCCCGGCUCCCACGACCUGGAGACCGCGCUGAGGCGGCUGUCCCUGCGCCGGGAGAACUACCUCUCGGAGAGGAGGUUCUUUGAGGAGGAGCAAGAGAGGAAGCUCCAGGAGCUGGCGGAGAAGGGCGAGCCCCGCAGCGGCUCCCUCACGCCCACCGAGAGCAUCAUGUCCCUGGGCACCCACUCCCGCUUCUCCGAGUUCACCGGCUUCUCCGGCAUGUCCUUCAGCAGCCGCUCCUACCUGCCCGAGAAGCUGCAGAUUGUGAAGCCGCUGGAAGGUUCUGCCACCCUGCACCACUGGCAGCAGUUGGCCCAACCUCACCUUGGGGGCAUCCUGGACCCCCGGCCCGGUGUGGUCACCAAGGGCUUCCGGACACUGGACGUUGACCUGGAUGAAGUGUACUGCCUUAACGACUUUGAAGAAGAUGACACAGGUGACCACAUUUCUCUCCCGCGCCUAGCUACCUCCACGCCAGUUCAGAACCCAGAGACCUCAGGUGAGAGGUCCCGAGCACGUGUGACUGUCUCAGGCAGCAGAAGUUACCCGAGCCGGCCUCAGGCUUCCCCAGAGGAGAUGCAGGAGCCGCCAGCGGCCACGGAGGAGGAGGAGGAGGAGGAGGAGGAGGAGGAGGAGGGGUCUGCACACCACCCUGGGAAGUGCAUGUCUCAGACCAACUCCACCUUCACCUUCACCACCUGCCGCAUCCUGCACCCUUCGGAUGAGCUCACUCGGGUGACGCCAAGCCUUAACUCAGCCCCAACUCCAGCUUGUGGCAGCGCCAGCCACUUGAAGUCCACGCCAGUGGCCACACCAUGCACUCCACGGAGACUGAGUCUGGCUGAGUCCUUCACUAACACCCGUGAGUCCACGACCACCAUGAGCACAUCCCUGGGGCUCGUGUGGCUAUUGAAGGAGCGGGGCAUUUCUGCUGCCGUGUACGACCCCCAGAGCUGGGACAGAGCCGGCCGGGGCUCGCUGCUGCACUCCUACGCGCCCAAGAUGGCCGUGAUCCCCUCCACCCCGCCGAACUCGCCCAUGCAGACACCCACAUCCUCCCCGCCCUCCUUUGAAUUCAAGUGCACGAGCCCCCCCUACGACACCUUCCUGGCGUCCAAGCCGGCCAGCUCCAUCCUGAGGGAGGUGAGAGAAAAGAACGUCCGCAGCAGCGAGAGCCAGACCGACGUGUCGGUCUCCAACCUCAACCUCGUGGACAAAGUCAGAAGGCUCGGCGUGGCCAGAGUGGUGAACUCAGGGCGACCCCACAUCCCCACCUUGACUGAGGAGCAGGGACCCCUCCUGUGUGGGCCCCCGGGGCCAGCGCCAGCCCUUGUCCCCAGAGGCCUGGUACCCGAGGGCCUGCCCCUGGGAUGCCCCACUGUCACCAGUGCCAUCGGCGGGCUACAGCUCAACAGUGGCAUCCGGCGGAACCGCAGCUUCCCCACCAUGGUGGGGUCCAGCAUGCAGAUGAAGGCCCCCGUGACUCUCACCUCAGGCAUCUUGAUGGGUGCUAAGCUCUCCAAACAAACUAGCUUACGGUGAGGACCGCAGGGGCCGCUUGCCCUGGAGGAGGUGACGUUCUCCUGCCUUGCGCCCUCCUCCCGCUCCGCUCCUCCCCGGGGCGCACUCCCUCCCGCUGCCCUUCUCUGUCCACCCCCUCCUGAGCUAGACAAAUCAACCUCGUGCCUAAGGGAGGAAGAGUGGAAACUUUGUAAAAUGUGUACAUAGGACUUGGAGACCCCGUGUCCGCCCUGCUCCUUCAGAUCCCACGGGAAACGCGUCUGCACUGUCAUCACGCUCACGAAGACUUCACCUGUGCUCACGUGGGGGAAGGUGGGGUCCUUUCCUCUUUCCUUUUAGCAGCACUGAAACUCCCAAGUGUGUUCUUAUCCUAUGGAUAGGAAACCGGUGAAUUCUGUGGCUGGCACACCACGAGCUGUCACGCGGCACGGGUCAUAACACCUCGCCUCACCCACCCUGUAAGGAGCCUAAGCAGCCUCCAUCCUCAGCCACGUGUGGCUGACGUGGCUUUGCUGAUCGGAGGGCUUUUCUUUUUAUGGGUGGCCCAGCUUCUUGAAGACCUUCGCUGCUCCGCCUCAGUGGACAGUCGUUUCUUUUCUGAGGUGUGACCUUUUGUUUUCACGCCUUUCCCUUGAGGUCAUCCUGUGUUUUGUGAGCAGCCGUCAGGCCCGAUGUCCGACCUGAGAGAAUGUAUUUAUGGUCCUGCUGCGUUGUUCAGCAGCCCGUCCGUGUUCUGUGUGAUCUGUUUUAUUUUUCCUUUUUUUAAUAUGCAGGGAAGUCAUGGUACUGGUAGUGUAUGUUGUCUGUGUGGUUCAAAUAUGCAUUUCAAACACACCAAGCCGCUAAACAGAUGGCAGCUUUUUCUGGGACCCGGUGUCACAACCAAAUUGAUGUAAGACCAGACCCAAGACACCUUUAACAAUAGGAUUAAAAGGAAAAAGGAUAGGGGAGAAGCUUAUUAAAGAAAUCUGUCAACACCAAUUUGUCACAAGCAGGCAUAACAAACUGGUUUCAGGGACAACAAGGCUUGGGCAUUCCGCUGGCUCCAGUGCCACCUCUGGAACCCGAGGCCGGCCGGGGUGCGGUCGCCGUGCGGUCUCCGAUCACGCCAUUCAGUGCCCACACGUUCUGCCUUCUUGUCUGACAGCAGCACACGGUCACAGCAGGUGUUUUCUUUCCCUCCAAAGCCUUUUUCUCCCCGUGCCACUUUUGACCCUUAGGAAAAGACACAGGUGCUUGCGAAGAGAACCAGGAGGCUGGUCCUGUUGCAGUCGCCGAUUCGGUUUUAAACUUUUAUUUAUUAUUUCUGUCUGCCGUGUUUUAAAUACACAUUCUCUUUCCUUCCAGUUCCAGUCAUAGUGUGUCUGUGGCAUCCCAGUCCAACCACAUAACUUACUGAUUCUAAUGUGAGGGCUGCACUGUACAUCAUGGGGUCCCGUGACACCGUGCCCCAGACAUUUAUGGAAGGAAAACAUCCCACAUAAAUGAAACUGUCACUCUGUGUCCUCCCCACCAGCAGAAGAUGCAUCCUUCCACUGAGUGAGGGUAACCUCAUGCCCGCCAAGGAUAAAGCCCCUAAGGAACAAGCUUCAGUCCCACGGUUUCAGACUAUUUAUUCUCUGAACACAAGAGUAUCGGUUCAUUGUUCUCAGCUGUCCUGACUGUUGUAUGUGUGCACUCACUGCAAGUAACUUAUAUCUUUUUAUUUGAAUGUAUUUUAAAGCAGUAGGUAGAAUAACAAAGGAAUAUGAAAAUCAUAGACUGAACGGACCAGUUUAUGUAUUGAGAGAGAGGAGGCGUUCGUCAUUGCCAGAAAUAUCAUGUAAAAAUUGGCAGUUCAGAGGUUGCAACAUUUACUAUAGUAAAUAAACAGUCACCAUUGUGCAACCACUACCAAAAAGUGUGUUGUAAUGCAUCAGAAAUCAGCACAAUUUCAUUUGCUGAUGAGUAUCAAUAAAAUAAGUUCAAAUGAUGGAAACCACA